AUUUCCUUUUUCCGUCAACUUUCAAGGUUGCUUCUCUCCUAAACCCUACUUCAGUUCAGUCACCUCCAUAUUUCCAUUAGUACCCACUGCCCUCCCCGCGCUGUUCAUUCCCGCCGCCGCUUCACCGGUCACCGCCGCACUCUCCGCCUUCCAACGAAAUUGUCGUGACCUCCCCUUCUCACAUUCUCUCGCCCCUCCGACCAAUCUAAUUAUCUCUGGUUUUUUCUUCUCAGAAACACAGUGGUUCAGCCCCUAACCAUUUCCGUUUGUGAGAUCGCUCCGUACCAGCUCAUUUUUCAGGGGUUCCAAACAAGGGAAGGGACCAAAGAUGAGCUUAAAGCAUUUACUCCUGCGUCAAACACGGAAGAAUUUUUCAAAAAUCAACGGCAACUUACUGGAUCGGCAAUCACCUAGCAUCAAUGCCACUCACAUAUUCAUCACAAAACCCUCGUUUUCUUUGCUUGAUUCACACCAUGGUUAUUAUUCUUCAAUUGCUGCUAGAAAUUUUGAGCUCAGCAAAUCAAAUUCAAUUUUCAGUAGGUGCAUUCACUUCACUGUAACCAAGUUGAAUAAUGCAGCAAUUGAGCUAAAACCUGAAUCUGCAGAAGUUGAGGAUGAUGAUGGAUCGAUGAACGAGUUCUUAUCCAGAUUUGUCUGGAUAAUGCGCGGCAAAAUCUCUGAAGCAUUUCCGGAUUACGAUAAGCAAACAGUUAAUGCAAUGCUUUUGAUGAUAGUGGAAAAAGUAGUAUCUGAAAUGGAAAAGGGUAGCUUUGAGCAGACACUAAAGUCUUCAACUGAUAAUCCAGAUUGGGACCUAAGUGAGGAUUUGUGGAAGACAGUAAGUGAAGUUAGCAACAUGGUUUUGGACGAUAUGAAGAAGGCUACAAAGAAGGAGAAAAUGAAGGGUUUUCUGCUGUCCAGGGAAGUUCAGGAAAUGUGUAGGUUUGCUGGGGAAGUUGGUAUUCGAGGGGAUAUGCUGAGGGAAUUUAGGUUCAAAUGGGCCCGUGAGAAAAUGGAGGAAAGUGAGUUUUAUGAGGGAUUGGAGCAGCUCAGAAAAAAGGCACAUACCCAGGAAGAAACCUAUGAUUCUGCAAGUGGUACAGAGGCUGCAUCUGAGGUGAAAUCCGAGGCUUUUUCUCUUCCCAAAAGGCGAGGGAAGUUAAAGUACAAGAUUUAUGGUCUUGAUUUAUCUGAUACUAAGUGGAGUGAAGUGGCAGACAAAAUACACGAGGCAGGGCAGAUGCUAUGGCCGCCGGAACCAAAGCCAAUUUCUGGGAUGUGCAAACUAGUCACAGAGAGAAUUCUUUCAUUAAAUGAGAACGACGACCCAUCUCCAUUAUUGGCUGAAUGGAAAGAGCUUCUUCAACCCACUAGGAUUGACUGGAUUACCUUACUUGAUAGGUUGAAUGAGAAGAAUAGAUUCUUAUACUUCAAGGUAGCAGAACUUCUUUUGAAUGAAGAGUCCUUCCAGACCAACAUCCGUGACUACUCUAAGCUUGUUGAUGUCUAUGCUAAAGAGAGUCGCCUAGAGGAUGCUGAGAGGAUUCUUAUGAAGAUGAAUGAGAAGGGUAUUACACCAGACAUAUUGACAGCCACAGUUUUGGUUCAUAUGUAUAGCAAGGUGGGCAAUCUUGAUCGUGCGAAGGAAGCUUUUGAUACCUUGAAGAGUCAUGGCUUCCAACCAGAUGAGAAGGUAUAUAAUUCCAUGAUCAUGGCAUAUGUAAAUGCUGGACAACCCAAGUUGGGCGAGUCACUGAUGAGAGAUAUGGAAGCAAGGGACAUCAAACCCAGCCAGGACAUUUACAUGGCAUUACUUAGAUCAUUUUCCCAAUGUGGUAAUGUUAGUGGCGCUGGAAGAAUUGCUGCUACUAUGCAGUUUGCUGGCAUCUCUCCAAAUUUGGAGUCAUGUACAUUGCUCGUCGAGGCAUAUGGGCAAGCUGGUGAUCCUGAUCAGGCAAGGAACAAUUUUGACUACAUGAUAAAACUUGGGCACGCGCCUGAUGACAGAUGCACUGCAAGUAUGAUUGCAGCCUAUGAAAAGAAGAAUCUGUUGGACAAGGCUUUGGAUCUUUUACUACAACUUGAAAAGGAUGGCUUUGAGCCUGGGCUUUUAACUUAUGCUGUUCUUGUAGAUUGGUUGGGUAAGUUGCAGCUGGUUGAUGAAGCCGAGCAGGUAUUAGGCAAGAUUGGCGCUCGGGGUCACUCCUUCCCCAUUAAGGUUCGUAUUAGCCUAUGUGAUAUGUACUCAAGAGCUGGGAUUGAGAAGAAGGCACUGCAAGCUCUGAGAAUCUUGGAAGCUAAGAAGGAGGAGUUGGGACAUGCUGAUUUUGAAAGGAUCAUAAAUGGACUUGUAGCAGGUGGCUUUUUGCAGGAUGCUAAAAGAAUGGCGGGGGUUAUGGAGGCCCAGGGUUUUACUGCUUCCCAACCUCUUCAAAUGGCUCUGAGGACAUCUCAAGCUCUUCGUGGCAGAAGACUACCUUGAGAUGAUUUUUUGAUCGUUUAAAAAUUUAUUGACAAUUCGUUGCUGCUGGCAGAAAUGUGAAUAUUUUACCAUCAACUUGAAUUCUGUGCAAAGCUAGUGGCUGGAAAGAUUUUGUAGGAUGGAAUGGGAUCUCUAUGGAAAUAAUUGGCAUCUCAGCAUUGCUUUGUGAGGCAUUGUUAUUUCCCCCAACCGAAUAUAGUCGUUUAGUCGCUCGAGUUCCCCAUUUUGCUGCUCUACAACUGCUCUGACAACAUCUACAAUAGAAAUCAUGCCAACUAGUUUGCCAUCUAUCACAGGAACAUGUCUUAUGCGAUUCUCUGCCAAUGCCAAAAACUUCAACUGGAUUAUUCUCUUCUUGGAUGAUCGUUGAUGCAGCUGAAGAAGGAGCUGACUUCCCUUUUUUUAAUGGUAGUCUGCUUAGGAUCAUCAGAAAUCAGCAGUUAUCAAGUUGGUAUUCAUGGAAUAGAGCUCAAAGGAGAAGAACCUAUUUUCUUUCUUUUUUUUCCCCAGAAAAAUAUUAUUUGAUCCCUAGGUUUCAAAAUUUUACAUACUUAGUCCACUUUAAAUUUAAGAUUUGAGUUCUUUUCAACUUAUCCAUAUGCUUUGAUGUUAUAAUUUUACCCUUAAACUUGAGUUUUGUUUCA